GUGUGUUCUCUGCAGGGGGCUGGUGUGGAGAUUUACCCCGGCAGUGUGUGCAGUCUGGUGGGUAACGGCAUCCAUCACUGUAAAGACGGGAUCCUCAUCAAGGACUUUGCUGAUGAGCUCGAUGUGAUGCCGUCCAUCACCAUGGAGAACAAUGUGAUCCACAACAACGAGGGCUACGGGGUGAUUCUAGUGAAGGCCAACUGCGGAGAACAGCAGGGACUCCCUGCGGACCAAAAUGAAGAUGAACCCGCUGGCCCUGCAGACUCUCAGCCGGGGGGGUCUGCUGCUCUCUCCUCCAGCUCUUCCGCACAGAGCGAGUCCACUGAGGCUCGGCCCGACUCGGAGAGCAGCGGCACCGAAGCAGCCUCCAGCUCCGGCAGGAAGUGGCACUUCAGCCGGCAGCUGAGCAGGAGCAAGGAGCCGUCGUGCAGCCGGGCUGUGCAGGACCUGAUGCAGCACCAGAUCUUCGUCUCCAUCCAGGGGAACCAGUUCAGGCGCAACGGCAUGGGCGACUUCGGAACUUUCUUCUACUGACAGACAGCUUUGUUUUUAAGAUUUUUUUUAUUUUCUCAUGAAUUAAAUACUGCUGACUCACACUGCCCACGGAGGUGUUCUGCAGAGAUGGAGAUCAUGCUCCUGCGAUCCUUCAGAGUUUUUAAAAGCUCUGACUUCGGUCUGUUUGUAAAUUGAUCCCCAUGUUUGCACAAAUGCUUUUAUCUUAUUUAUUCCUCGGACUAAUGACGCCUAAUAUUUUUAACAUUGUUAAUGGAAGUUCACUUGUCACUUUGAAUGCAGUUGUGUUGGUUUCACUUCAGACCUGAUACAUGUUGUUACCUUGAGGUGGUGGCUUGGUGAAGGCAGUGCACAGUUUGAGUUAACACAGGUUCCUUAUUUUCUUUUGUACACACGUGAGAUUUCCACAAAGUGCCUCGCUCUUUUUUUAAACUUUGAUGUAUUUUAUGGUUGUGCGAAGUCCAAAGGAUUACAAGCUGUGGUAUUAAAAAAUCAUGUUUUAAAAGAGGCCCUUUAUUUUCUGGGAGAACUUAAAACGAUUCACAAACUGCAUCUCAGCUCUGUUGAAGUAGACUCCUGUCUGU